AUGGCGUGCCGCAAGUCCUCGCGUCGCAAGAAGUCCUCGACGCCUCGGGGCAAGGCAGCUGCGAUGGGCCCAGAGCUCUGGCGACACUGGGUCUGUCACGUUCGCCGUCACUCGCCCUGGCUGGCGGCAUGCAUCACACUCACCUAUGCACUGGCUCUCCGCAUCACGGAAAGCCUGGCACUCAAAGCAGGUGACUUCGACUUCCGCAAUCACACGGUGCGUGUGGCCGGCCUCAAGGGUGCAGCCACAGUCAAGAAACCGAUGCUGAAAGCAGCUCGGCCCCUUCUCACGCGGAAACACGGCAUGAGCACCAUCCGAGCAAGACACUGCGGAGCCCGAGGAGAAGUCCGAAAGAAGGAGACGUGGCUGUUUCCCGAAGAGAACCAUCGUUUCCUGUUUCCCUCCCAUCGUUCGGACGCCAAGCUUGCAAGGAGAUGCAAAGAUACUGUGUGCAAUGGGGAGACUGCGGAAGAGCUUCAAUCCACCGAAGAAGCAUCUGGGAUCCCUGGACCUCGACUCUAUCAGGUCGCACAGCGGACGUCAAUCCUGGAUCAAUGCUUGCAAGAUGAGUCAAGUCCCAGACCACAUCGGCAUGGAGUUCGCGCGGAUUCGGGACGUGAGGACGGGACCGCGCACACCACGUAA